AUGUUAUCACUCGCCCUUCUUCUACUCCCACUGUUCGCCCUCGCCGCGCCGUCUUCUGAAGGCCAGCUAGCGACUCGUUCCACACCUAUCAAGCCUAAUAAAGCUUAUACCUGGAUCCCUACGGAAACAGAAACAUACGAAUACAUAUUUGACGAUGGCCUACGGUGUAAUUUCCUUGCGGCCGACAAUCAGACAACCGCUAAUUCCGACGAUUGUGUAAACUUGCAAACCGACAUUUUCCAUAAUAACGGCGUAUGGCAGAUGGACGGCAUAACCAAGCCCGACGACCCCAACGACUGGAACCUCCUCGGGAUCAACGGAACCUGCACUAUUCUCGUCCAGAACAGCAGUCCCACCAAGAUUGCCAACGGGGAUGCAAGCUUUUGCAUGUCUAUGGGUACCUGGCAACAAACUAGAGACCGCGACUGGAUUGAAUACAAGUUCUAUCUCGUCAAUGAUGAAGGCACGAUGAUCGACUUCUGGGUUCGGAACACGGCGGGGCUGGACCUCAGCAAUAUUGUUGGGCAAUGAGUCUAGGAGACAGAGCUCGAGGAUUCCUACGCCGACGCGCGGCGAUGACAGGAAGCGAUCCUAUUAAUAUUCUUUUUCGAAUUGUGCCAUUUGUCACGAGACAUUUCUUCAAAAGUUAACAGGGGAGCAUGCGACGGGAAAGUGUUGAUCGCAGUUUAUAUUUCAUAAUGUCUAUCCCUCACGCGCUUAGACAAGAUAAUUAUUA